AUGGCUUCUUCCAUCGAAUCAGACAAAUACAACGCCGCCUCUCAGGAUAGCAUCCAUCACCAGGUGCAAAUUACUGGCGACGGUGGAGAGUAUGUCAUUUUGGGAGGAAAAAAAUAUCUUCGCCAUGAGCUCAUGCAAGCAUUUGGAGGAACUUUCACCACGGAAAGAUUCUCUCCUUACCCUAAAUACCAGUUUGCUAAUGCCGGAGCUUUGGGGCUUGCAUCAUUCGCUUUAACCACCUUCGUGUUGGGUCUUUAUCUUGCUGGUGCUCAAGGAAUUAAAACUUUAAAUGUGGUGGUUGGUCUUUGCUUCUGGUACGGUGGCCUUGUUGAGGCUGCUGCUGGAAUCUGGGAACUUGUGAUAGGCAACUGUUUUGCUGGAACCGUGUUUGUCAGUUUCGGAAUGGGUUUCUGGAUCUCCUACGGUACACUUUUCGUGGAUGCAUUUGGUAUUCCUCAGUCAUAUGGUGAUGAUGUUGAAAUGUAUUGCAAUGCAGUGGGGUUCUUCUUGACUGGCUGGGGUAUUUUCUGUUUCCUCAUGCUCUUGUGCACAUUGAAGUCCACCUUGGUGUUCGUGACGCUCUUCACCAGUUUGGAUAUCGCCUUCUUUGUUUUGGCCGGCUACUACUUUACCACUACCCAGCACCCUGUGUUGUUGAGAUGUGGAGGUGUCUGCUGUGUGAUUUCGUCGUGCUGUGGCUGGUACCUCGCCUACGCCGGAGUUGCCAACAGACAAAACACAUACGUGGUGCCCCAGGACAUUCUCAUUCCUGUCAUUGGUGGCUCCAAGUGA